AUGGAAGGAAUGUAUGAAAGUUCAGGCUCAUCUUUGAAUCAUGAAAGUAAUUUUAAACCAUACUUAGAAGAUUUAGAGCUUACAUUUAUUAAUCAGGCUGAAGAGUUCAUGAAAGAUUUCUGCAAAUUGGCUAAUUUGGUUGAAUUUAAGCAAUUAGUUGAAGACUUUGAAAUAAAAUUACCGGAAGAUGUAUUAGUUAAGGCACUUGAAUUACUUAGUGAUAUCUCCUUUUUUAAAUAUCACUCUAAAAGCACUAUAAUACGUUUUGAAGUUCACCUUCGAACUUGGAUGACAACUUUAGAAAGAUUAUACUAUUCACCGAUUGUUUUGAGUCGUGAAACCCGUGAACAACUUUAUAACCGUUUAGGUGACUUUGUUAAGUUUCAUCACAAUAUGACAAAUGUUUUUAGGCAAGGUGUUAAUAAUAGUUUUAAGUCAAAAGCGAAAUCAAAUGAAAUCGCUAAUAAUAAUAAUGGUGGUGGUGAUGAUGAUAUCUAUAUGUACUUUCAGAAUUACAAUAUUAACUUUUUAUUAAUUCAUUUACGUGAUACUUUACAUAGUAUGCGUGAUGAUGAAACAUGCUCUGAUGAAAUUUUACGACGUAUUAGAGAUUUUCUUUUAACUUUUAUACAAAUUUCACCUAUUGCUGCUAAUACUGCAUCGGGAAAUAUUUCAAUCGCAUUUGGUUUUGCUGAAAUUUUUCCAAAUAUUGCUAAGGUUUUUAAUUUCAAAUACCCUAUCACUUAUUGGUAUCCGAUGUGGCGUGAGCUUUUAUCUGUUCAUUAUUCAUUAGAGAAUCUGACUAAAGAUAAGGACUAUAGUAAAUUGCGAUUUUAUAACGAAAUUUAUCUUCUAGAAUUACUUUGGCAAUAUAUUUUUAAUUUAAGUAUAGAUCAAGCAGCUCAAAAAGAAAUUUUAAAUAAUCAAAAUGAAAUUCUUGAAAUUCUAAAUUUAUGGACAAAAAAAGAACCAACAGCGCCUCCAAAUUCUUUAUGUUUAGCUCUUUGUUACUAUUUAGGUUUAGAAUUAUUGCAAAAAUCCAAGUGCAGUUAUAUUUGCUUUAAAUCCUUGGAAUUACUUUUAACACUAUCUUACAAAAAGCCAGAAUUAUUUGAAGACAUAAUACAAGAUGAUAUUCUUCAAUUAAAUGCUCAAUUAAAUACUCAAUUAACGAAACAAUCAAGUUUGGCAAACGUCAAGGAAGGCUCGAAAAUUGAAAAAAAUGAUUUAUUAAGUAUAAUAGCAGCUGAACUUACUUGCCCAAUUACUAAUAAAAUGACUGGAGAUUUCUCAAUUUUAACAUGUGGACAUUCUAUUAGUAGUUAUGCUAUUAAAAAAUGGAAGGAAGUAACAACCAUUGAAAAAAGAUUAUUUGAAUGCCCAUUUUGCAAAAAUAAAAUUGAAUUAAAGUCAACCUAUAACCUUCCAAAAAAUAAAAUAUUAGAAGGGCUUUAUAAUAGAUUAGAACAAGGAGGUUAUUUCGAUAAAUUACCUGAAGAACGACAAAUAUCUCCAAAAGAAAUUUAUACAAUAGAAGAUAAUUUAUUUUUAAAAUUUAAUAAGUAUAAAAUAUUUCGAACUUUUACGUUUUCAAAAUUAUCCGCACCAAUUUUUCAAAAAAUUCAACCUAAAGUUAUGAUGCCAGCUUUUAAUAAAGCAUUUAAAGCAGAAUACCAAGAAGAUCAUACAGCAGUUAUAUUGUGGCUAACUCAAGUUUUACAACAGCGUCCAAAAAGCUAUUCAACUCGAUUUAAAGCCAUUAAAAACUUUGGCUUAUAUUUAUAG